ACCAAUUUCCCUUUUCUUUUUGCUCUUUCAGUUUUUGAUAUUCAAGAAAGUUAAAUAAGCUUAAAGAAGAAUGAAAGGCUAUUGGAACUUAACGAGUACCAUUUCUCUUACUCUUUCUAUACUUUUUUUAUUCGGCUACAGUUAUGAGGACGUGUCUGCGGUUCCAACUACGCACUUGUGUCGUCCAGAUCAAAGGGAUGCACUUCUUCAGUUCAAGAACGAGUUUGAGGUUCUAAACUCUUCCUUUGCUUAUGAUUGUUAUUUUGAUGAUUAUAUAGUAAAGCGUCAUCCAAAAACGGAAUCAUGGCGGAAUAACAGCGACUGUUGUACUUGGGAGGGUAUCACGUGCAACGUCAAGUCCGGUGAAGUGAUCGAGCUAGACCUUAGUUGCAGCUACCUACAUGGCCAAUUUCAUUCUAGUAGCAGUCUUCAAAACCUUCAUUCUCUCACCACCCUAGACCUUUCAAGAAAUCGUUUUAGUGGUCAAAUCAUGUCUUCAAUUAAAAACCUUUCUCAUAUCACCUCUCUGGACCUUUCGCAAAAUGGUUUCAGCGAGUUCAUUCCUUCUUCGAUAGUAGACCUUUCUUAUCUCACCUUUCUCGAUCUUUCAUAUAAUCGUUUUUCUGGUCACAUUCCAUCUUUGAUUGGAAAUCUUUCUCAUCUCACUUCUCUUAACCUUUCUGUGAACAAUAUUGUUGGUGAAAUCCCAUCUUCUUUUGGCAAUCUAAACCAUCUGACCACCUUAUUUGUUGCUGUAAAUAGGCUCAAUGGAAGCUUUCCCAUUGCACUACUGAAUUUGACAAAUUUGUCAUCUUUAGAACUCAGCUACAAUCAGUUCACAAGAACAAUUCCUCAUAACAUCACUUCACUAUCCAAAUUGACGUUUUUUAGAGCAAGUUACAACGCUUUCACUGGGACCCUGCCUUCUUCUCUCUUCACCAUUCCUUCUAUUGAAUAUGUUAUAUUGUCUGAUAACCAACUCAACGGUAUUCUUGAGCUUGGGAAUAUAUCUUCACCACCUAAGCUACGAGUGUUAGUCGUUGGCAAUAACAACUUGAGAGGGCCGAUUCCGGGCACGAUAUCCAAAUUUACCAACCUUGUCAGACUUGACCUUUCCCGUUACAAAACACAAGGUCAAGUUGACUUUAGUAUCUUCUCACAUCUCAAGUGGCUCAAACUUCUUGAUCUAUCAGAUUUGAACACGACCACUACGAUUGACUUGAAUGAUUUCUUGUCAUAUUUUAAGAGGCUCGGUGUGUUGGAUCUCUCAGGCAACCAUGUUUCAGCCACAAACAAGAGUACAAUUUCAGAUCCUUCUUCUUUGUAUCAGUUGCACUUGUCAGGCUGCGGUAUCACCGAGCUCCCGGAGUUUGUAAGAUUGCAAAAUAUGGAGAAGCUAGACAUUUCUAACAAUAAAAUCAAAGGACAGGUGCCUGGCUGGUUAUGGAAGCUACCAAAGCUGAUUUACCUGAAUCUUUCCAACAACACCUUCACUGGCUUCGAAAACUCAACGAAACAUGGGCUAUCUUUAAUGGCCUUGUUAGCCUCCAACAACAAUUUCACGGGAAAGAUUCCCUCUUUAAUAUGUGAUUUGCGCUUUGUAUUCAUUCUUGAUUUAUCAAACAACAACUUCAAUGGUUCAAUCCCUCGUUGUCUGGGAAAUCUCAACAAUACUCUUACAGAUCUAAACCUUGGUCAAAAUCAUCUUCAUGGAGGUCUUCCGGAGAAUAUAUUUGGAAACUUAAGAGCGCUUGACGUCGGUCAUAACCAACUUACGGGAAAGCUUCCAAGAACUUUGAUCCGGUUCUCUAGUCUUGAAGUUCUGAACGUGGAAAGCAACUUCUUCAAUGAUACGUUUCCAUUUUGGUUGAGUUUUCUACCAGAGUUAAAAAUUCUUGUGUUACGCUCCAAUGCCUUCUAUGGAACGAUACAUCAUACUUCGUUCCCUAAAUUGCAAAUCAUCGACAUAUCGCACAAUCACUUCAAUGGAGCUUUGCCUUCACACUACUUUGUGGAGUGGAGUGCUAUGUCAUCACUUGGGUCAAUUUAUUAUCAGCCUGAUGAAAUGUACAUGGGAGAUUCAUAUUACCAUGAUUCAGUGGUGUUGAUGAAUAAAGGUAUAGAGAUGGAGUUUGUACGUAUCCUAAAGAUUUACACAGCACUCGACUUUUCAGGAAACAAAUUUGAAGGAGAGCUUCAUGUGCUCAACUUGUCUAACAAUGCUUUCUCUGGCCACAUCCCUUCAUCUAUGGGAAACCUGACAGCUCUUGAGUCACUGGACGUUUCCCAAAACCAGUUUUCAGGAGAAAUUCCUCAAGGUCUAGGGGAACUCUCAUUCCUUUCCUACAUGAACUUCUCUCAUAACAAGCUUACAGGUCUAGUACCAGGAGGCACUCAGUUUCUAAGGCUCAACUGCACUUCCUUUGAGGAUAACAAGGGACUUUUUGGCCCUUCUCUUGAAGAAAUUUGCAGAGAUAUUCACACGCCAACACCGCAUGAAACGCCGGAAUCAGGGGAAGAAGAAGAAGAGGUGUUGAGUUGGAUAGCAGCUGUAAUAGGAUUCAUACCUGGUAUUGCCUUUGGAUGGGUGAUUGGAUAUAUACUUUUUUCCUACAAACCAGAGUGGUUCAUGAACCCUUUUGCCCGAAACAAGCGCAGAAUCAGCAGCACCACAACUCAUUAAAAAGCUACCUGAGGAAUCUGGAAGAAGAAAUCCAAAGGAACCACUAUGUCUAUCCGUAUCAAAUAAGAUUUGGGGUAUCGUUUCUAGUUUAGCUUGAUGUUUUCUCAUUAAUCUGUUUUUACUUUUUUAGCAAACUUCUUUGUUUCUCUGUAAUUGAACAACUAUGUUUCUUAAGCUGAAAAUUACAAGCACAGUCAGAGAUGUGUCGUCUUUUCCCCU